AUGAAAAACCUAUUGGGAAUGCUUCGAGAUUGGAAAAAAUCCUAUGCCUGCAUUCCAGAUAAACUCAAGGUCCACCACAAGUCUCUCGCAAGAAAUCUUGCCAGCAAAAGCGCCCUUAGCAACAGCCCAGAGCACCAAGACGAAGAGAUAACUUUCGAGAUUUCAGACGAUUCGAUGAGUUUUUUCCAAGCUCAAGCCCACUGCAAUCUUCAGGGAAAACGACUAGCUGAUCCUUCAACUGAUGUUGAUCUUCAAAUGAUGAUCAAUAAGAUGUCUCUUCUCCCUAUUGGAACGAGCUGCUGGUUCCAGGAUAAAAGAGCUGCGUCAACAGACACUUUCUGUGAAAAUCAAUGUUGUCACAUAACCCUGGCUGCUGCUGGUGCAAUGGCUUAUUUUGGCCCCUCGCCAGAAUGUGUCGUGGGAAAUAGGGCUAUCUGUAUGUCAGGUCAAGCAACAACUACAACUUCAAUAACGACUACACUCAAAGAAGACCUUCCGAUUGUGCCGAUGUUUCCGACAAUCAACUUUUGGAAAAACAACAGAAAGAAUGAUGGCUAUCACUACGAGUUUACUCCUCUUGGAAACUCAGACAAACCAGCAUAUAUUGGGAAAGAUCUUUAUAGCGGCGUGCCUCUUGAAGUUUUGGCAAGUAAGACCUUCGAUGGGAAAUACGGAACAGCGUCUGGGCAUCAAAUAAGAAAUCUUGUCUACACGCGAUAUUGUGAUCACCUUCGCUGGCCAGUUUCGCCUUUUUCCUGCUAA